AUGGCUGUGGCUCCACCACCAGGAGCUCCUCUCCUCCUCGCUGCUGCCGUCCUCCUCCUCGUCCUCCCGCAGGCGAUGCCGGUCGCCUCGGUGAGCCCGGUCGCCUUCUCUUUCCCGUCCUUCUCCCUCCGCAACCUCACCCUACUCGGCGGGGCUUCCCUCCGCGCCACCUCCGUCUCCCUCCCGUCGCCCUCCUCCCACGCCCUCUUCCCGCUCCCUCUCCCGUUCCCCCAAAACGCCUCCUUCUCCACCUCCUUCGUGUUCGCCUCCCCCACCGCCGCUCGGCCCGCCUCGAGGCUCUCCUUCGUCCUCCUCCCGGACAAGCUCGCCGCCGCCUCCGAGGGCCACGACGCCAAGAACCGCUCUCUCGUCCCGCUCGAGGUCGCCUUCGACGCGUUCAGGAACUCCGUGUCCGCCUCCUCCGCUGGCGUGGACGUCGCCGGGAACUCCACUGGUGCAGUGGACCUGCGGAACGGCAACGAGGUCGGUUCUUGGGUUGUCUACGACGCGUCCCGGUCGCGCCUGGAGGUGUUCGUGAGCCAUGCGAGUCUGCGGCCGCCGACUCCUUCGCUGGCUGCCGACGCCAACAGCAUUGCCGCCCGCUUCGCCGAGUUCAUGUUCGUCGGCUUUGAGGUCACGUCUUCGUCCGGCAACGGGAGCAGCGAUGGCGGCUUCCUCAUCCAGAACUGGAGCUUCCAGACGUCCGGCCUGCCAGACGUCGACCCGGCGUCCCGGUCAUCGCACAACGUGUCCGACAGCAUCCACAGCGCGCCGGCGUUGGACGGCCUCACCAGCCACAAGGAUAGGCGUCGGAGGAGGCUAGCACUGGGGCUCGGUGUCCCCUUACCCAUUGUGUUUCUUGGUGCAGUCACGGUGUUUGUGGUAAUGUCUCUGAAGAAUUGGAGGUCAGGGUUUAACGAGGGUUUGGGGGCAAAGGCAGUGGUGGGUAAGCCAAGGCGGUAUACCUACCAAGAUCUCUUCUCAGCGACAAAUGGGUUUGAUCCCUCUCUGGUGGUUGGCAGUGGUGGUUUUGGUACUGUAUACAAGGCGGUCUGCCCACGUUCCGGGGUCACAUACGCGGUCAAGCGGUCGAAGCAAUCCAGGGAUAGCUACAAUGAGUUCAAUGCCGAGCUUACCAUAAUUGCUGACCUGAAGCACCCCAAUCUGGUUCAGCUCCAAGGGUGGUGUGCUGAGAAGGAUGAACUGCUGCUCGUGUAUGAGUUCAUGUCAAAUGGCAGCUUGGAUAUGGCUCUCCAUCCUUAUUCUGACACACAGAGUCAUGCCCCUCUCAGUCUCAGCUGGGCUCGGAGGUAUAAUGUGGCUGUCGGCAUUGCCUGUGCAGUUGCAUACCUACAUGAAGAACAUGACAAGCAGGUGAUCCACAGGGACAUCAAGUGCAGUAACAUACUUCUUGACUCAGAUUUCAACCCAAGGUUGGGAGAUUUCGGGCUUGCAAGAUUGAAAGAUCCUAACACAAGUCCUCGGUCAACCUUGGCAGCAGGGACUGUCGGUUACCUUGCACCUGAGUACCUCCAGAUGGGGAAGGCCACCGAAAAGAGUGAUGUCUACAGCUAUGGGGUUGUACUGCUAGAGAUCUGCACAGGGAGACGGCCAAUAGAGAGGACAGCACCUGACAGUAUGAACAUGGUGAAUGUUGUUGAUUGGGUUUGGAAUUUGCACUCGAAAGGCAAAGUUUUGGAUGCUGUGGAUCCGACACUGAAUGGGCAAUAUGAUUCAGGGCAAAUGAUGAGGUUUCUCCUUGUAGGUUUGAGCUGUGUGAACCCAUUUUCAGAAGAGAGGCCUGUCAUGAGGACCGUUCUUGAUAUGCUGGAGGGCAAUAGUGGGCUGCUGCAUGUUCCAAGAAAGAAGCCACUGCUUGUAUUUGUUCCAAAUGCCCCUAUUGAUCUUGAGGGAAUAGUCUCUGAGUGCAACCAAAGUACAGUUUCAAGUGAUCUAUAUGAGUUGAAAAUUGAUCUAAACUAGGUAGCGUCUGAGAGGACUACUCAUGGUGACACUCUGAAGAUUUGCCUAUGCUUUGUGAAGAUAUUGACACAGUCAAGAUUUAAAUCACACCCUAAAAGAAAAUUUGGUUAAAAAGAUAAUGGAUUUCUCUCAAGGAUUGUAGAACUCUUUUAAGUUUUUGGCCUCAAAAGAUCGUGCUGAAUUCGGUGGGAGAAUGGCGAGUAUUUUGUAUAUGGUAUUAUCUUCUGGGAACUUACACGCUUGAUGAGAUAUAAUUUACCAAGUUAGCAAAGAUUAUGUAUUCCCUGCAUCAUUUACCAAGUUACCAAGUUACCUUCAAAAAUAAAAGAAAAAAGAAUACGCAGGAGAGACCGAAAAGACGUCCUAGA